AUGAGCGAGAGGAGCAAGAAGAAAGAGGAGCGAAAGGAGCGAGAGGAGCGAGAAGAGAGAGGAGCGAGAAGAGAGAGGAGCGAGAAGAGAGAGGAGCGAGAAGAGAGAGGAGUGAGAAGAGAGAGGAGCGAGAAGAGAGAAGGGCGAGAAGAGAGAGGAGCGAGAAGAGAGAGGAGCGAGAAGAGAGAGGAAGAGAGGAGCGAGAAGAGAGAAGGGCGAGAAAAGAGAGGAGCGAGAAGAGAGAAGGGCGAGAAGAGAGAGGUGCGAGAAGAGAGAGGUGCGAGAGGAGCGAGGCGAGAGAGGAGCGAGGCGAGAGAGGAGCGAGGCGAGAGAGGAGCGAGGCGAGAGAGGAGCGAGAAGAGAGAGGAGCGAGAAACGAGAGGAGAGAGAGGAGCGAGAAGAGAGAAGAGCGAGAAGAGAGAGGAGCGAGAAGAGAGUAGAGAGAGGAGCAAGAAGAGAGGAGAGAGAGGAGCGAGAAGAGAGAGGUGCAAGAAAAGAGAGGAGCGAGAAGAGAGAGGAGCGAGAAGAGAGAGGAGAGAGAGGAGAGAGAGGAGCGAAAGGAGCGAGAGGAGCGAGAGGAGCAAGAAGAGAGAGGAGCGAGAAAAGAGAGGAGCGAGAAGAGAGAGGAGUGAGAAGAGAGAGGAGCGAGAAGGAGAGGAGAGAGAGGAGCGAGAAGAGAGGAGAGAGAGGAGCGAGAAGAAAGAGGAGCGAAAGGAGCGAGAGGAGCGAGAAGAGAGAGGGGUGAGAAAAGAGAGGAGCGAGAAGAGAGAGGAGCGAGAAGAGAGAGGAGUGAGAAGAGAGAGGAGCGAGAAGAGAGAGAAACGAGAGGAGAGAGAGGAGCAAGAAGAGAGAAGAGCGAGAAGAGAGAGGAGCGAGAAGAGAGGAGAGAGAGGAGCAAGAAGAGAGGAGAGAGAGGAGCGAGAAGAGAGAGGUGCAAGAAAAGAGAGGAGCGAGAAGAGAGAGGAGCGAGAAGAGAGAGGAGAGAGAGGAGCGAAAGGAGCGAGAGGAGCGAGAGGAGCAAGAAGAGAGAGGAGCGAGAAAAGAGAGGAGCGAGAAGAGAGAGGAGUGAGAAGAGAGAGGAGCGAGAAGGAGAGGAGAGAGAGGAGCGAGAAGAGAGGAGAGAGAGGAGCGAGAAGAAAGAGGAGCGAAAGGAGCGAGAGGAGCGAGAAGAGAGAGGGAGCGAGAAGAGAGAGGAGCGAGAAGAGAGAGGAGCGAGAAGAGAGAGGAGUGAGAAGAGAGAGGAGCAAGAAGAGAGAGGAGCGAGAAGAGAGAGGAGCGAGAAGAGAGAGGAGUGAGAAGAGAGAGGAGCGAGAAGAGAGAAGGGCAAGAAAAGAGAGGAGCGAGAAGAGAGAAGGGCGAGAAGAGAGAGGUGCGAGAAGAGAGAGGUGCGAGAGGAGCGAGGCGAGAGAGGAGCGAGACGAGAGAGGAGCGAGGCGAGAGAGGAGCGAGAAGAGAGAGGAGCGAGAAGAGAGAGGAGCGAGAAACGAGAGGAGAGAGAGGAGCGAGAAGAGAGAAGAGCGAGAAGAGAGAGGUGCGAGAAGAGAGGAGAGAGAGGAGCGAGAAGAGAGAGGUGCAAGAAAAGAGAGGAGCGAGAAGAGAGAGGAGCGAGAAGAGAGAGGAGCGAGAAAGAGAGGAGAGAGAGGAGCGAGAAGAGAGGAGAGAGAGGAGCGAGAAGAAAGAGGAGCGAGAAGAAAGAGGAGCGAAAGGAGCGAGAGGAGCGAGAAGAGAGAGGAGCGAGAAGAGAGAGGAGCGAGAAGAGAUGAGCGAGAAGAGAGAGGAGUGAGAAGAGAGGAGCGAGAAGAGAGAGGAGCGAGAAAAGAGAGGAGCGAGAAGAGAGAAGGGCGAGAAGAGAGAGGUGCGAGAAGAGCGAGGAGAGAGAGGAGCGAGAAGAGAGAGGAGCGAGAAGAGAGAGUAGCGAGAAAAGAGAGGAGCGAGAAAAAAGAGGAGAGAGAGAGGAGCGAGAAGAGAGCGAGAGGAGCGAGAAGUGUGAGGAGCGAGAAGAGAGAGGAGCGAGAAGAGAUGAGCGAGAGGAGCGAGAAGAAAGAGGAGCGAAAGGAGCGAGAAGAGAGAGGAGCGAGAAGAGAGAAGGGCGAGAAGGGAGAGAGGAGGAAGAGGAGCGAGAAAAGAGAGAAGCGAGAGGAGCGAGAAACGAGAAAAGAGAGGAGCGAGAAAAGAGAGGAGCGAGAAAAGAGCGUAGAAAGGAGCGAGAAAAGAGAGUGGCGAGAGGAGCGAGAAAAAGGAGGAGCGAGAAAAGAGAGGAGCGAGAGGAGUGAGAGGCGCGAGAAAAGAGAGGAGCAAGAAAAGGGAAGUGCGAGAGGAGCGAGAAAAGGGAGGUGCGAGAAAAGAGGUGCGAGAAAAGAGAGGAGCGAGAAAAGAGAGGAGAAAGAGGAGGGAGAGGAGCGAGAAAAGAGAGGAGAGAGAAAAGAGAGGAGAAAGAGGAGGGAGAGGAGCGAGAAAAGAGAGGAGAGAGAAAAGAGAGGAGCGAGAAAAGAGGAGCGAGAAAAGAGAGGAGCGAGAAAAGAGAGGUGCGAGAAAAGAGAGGAGAGAGAGGAGGGACGAGCGAGAAAAGGGAGGAGCGAGAAAAGAUAG